AUGUCUACUAGUUCAGGUGAAGCAAACUUAAAUAAGGAAAUUUAUGAAAAGAUUAUUACACAGUUUUUUAAUGCCCUACAACCAUUUAGCAAGCCUUGGAAAAAACGAAAGCCAACAAAGCUGCAUACUUCAAAGGAG